AUGAUCUUUACAAUUGAAGAAAUCAACAUUGACCAAGAAUUACUGCCAAAUGUCACACUUGGGUGUGUGAUUUACGAUUCUUGUACAACUAUUGCAGGAGCUCUUGAGGGCACAAUGAAGUUGCUUACUGGGCAGAGAAGGACAAUUCCAAAUUAUCAAUGUCAGACUCUUUCCUCAGCUGUAGCUGUGAUUGGUGAGUCAUACUCAUCAACUUCGAUGCCCAUGGCUAGAUUACUGGGGCUCUAUAAAUUUCCUCAGAUAAGUUAUGCAGCAACAGUUAUGGCUUUAAGUGAUAAAUACCAAUUUCCAUCUUUUCUCCGAACAAUUCCAAGUGACCUUUUUCAGUCCAUUGCCAUAGCUCAGCUUGUUCUACAUUUUGGCUGGACGUGGGUUGGACUUCUGUCUGACAGCAGUGACUAUGGCCUGCAAGGCAGCCUUAAAGUAAAAGAGGAACUUGUCAAAGCUGGGGCUUGUAUUGCUUUUUCUGAAACAAUACCUGCAGUGCACUCUGAGAUGAAGCUUCAGCACAUAAAUGAAAUAAUUAGGAAAUCUUCUGCAAAUGUGAUAGUGAUCUAUUCUGUUGAUGUCGAUCUUUACCCCCUCAUGGAGGUUAUUGCACACAACAAUGUCACUGGAAAAGUCUGGGUAGCUAGCGAUGGUUGGGCACUGCCUUUUCUCUUUUCUAAAAAUGAAUUUUUGAUAACAUUACAGGGAACACUUGGUUUUCUGGUUAGAAAAGGUGACAUAUCAGGAUUCAAGGAAUACAUUUACAGUCUCAGUCCUUACAGGAAUCCAGAUGAUAUAUUUCUGAAAAACUUUUGGGAACUUGUUUUUGACUGUAAAGUGCAAAUCCUGGAUAAAGCUGAUAAGAACUUAACCAGAGAUUCAAAAUACUGUGCAGGAAAUGAAACAUUAGAGGGCAUGACACUGGAUUUUUUCAGACUUACUGAUUUAAGAAAUACAUACAAUGUCUACAAUGGCAUUUACUCUGUUGCUCAUGGUUUGCAUAACAUAAUUUCAUGCAGAUACGGAGAAGGGCCUUAUGAUAAUGGUACAUGUGAAGUAAUGCAUGAGUUCCAGCCAUGGCAGGUUCAUAGCUCUAUUCGAGUGAAAGGUAAAAAGCUGUUCCACUAUAUAAAGAAUGUUCACUUUAUGAAUAAAAAUGGUGAAGAAGUAUUUUUUGAUAUGUAUGGUAACCCACCAGCGCUAUACAGCAUUUUAAACUGGCAAGUGGCAUCCGAAAGCUCUUUCAGAUAUUUGGAUGUUGGUCUCUUUGACUCCAGUGCUCCAGAUGAUAAAAAACUGACAGUGGAUGUGCCUGCUAUUGUAUGGAAUGAAGGUCAUGGAAAGGUCCCUCGAUCAUUGUGUAGUGAAAGUUGUUCUGCAGGCUACAGGAAGGCACCUCAGACAGGCCAGCCAAUUUGCUGCUUCAACUGUAUCUUUUGCUCUCAAGGAGAAAUUUCUAACCAAACUGAUUCUGCUGUUUGCUUGAAAUGCCCUGAAGAUGAGUGGCCCAGUGAAAGACAGGACAAGUGCAUAAAAAAAGUAGUUGAAUUCCUUUCCUAUGAAGAACCACUUGGCUCAGUACUAACAGCAUUUUCUGUAUUCCUGGAAUUAGUCACUCUUGCUAUCCUAACAGUCUUUAUAAAGUACCACCACACACCUAUUGUCAAGGCCAACAACAGAGAGCUUAGUUACCUGCUUUUAUUCAGCCUCAUGAUGUGUUUCCUUUGUUCAUUAAUUUUUAUUGGCCGCCCCACAAAUAGUACAUGUAUGCUUUGCCAGUGUGUAUUUGGCAUUACUUUUACAAUGUCGAUCUCUUGUGUUUUAGCCAAAACUAUUGUAGUGGUCAUUGCCUUCAGGGCAAGCAAACCAAACAGCAGCCUGCAGAAAUACACUGGCCCAAGGUUGCCAAAAUUUUUAGUUAUGUUCUGUAUAACUGUUCAGAUAAUAAUAUGUGUUUCUUGGUUAAUUCUUUCUCCUCCAUUUCAGUAUGAAAAUGCAACUUCUGUAACAGAGAAGCUCAUUAUAGAGUGUAAUGAAGGCUCACCUGUGGCUUUCUGGUGUAUGUUAUCCUAUAUGGGCCUUUUAGCUGUCAUAAGCCUUGUAGUUGCAUUUGUAUCCAGAAAGCUCCCAGACAGCUUUAACGAGGCUAAAUUUAUCACAUUCAGUAUGCUGGUAUUUGUUAGUGUUUGGAUGUCAUUCAUUCCAGCAUAUCUGAGCACACAAGGGAAGUAUAUGGUGUCUGUGGAAAUAUUUGCCAUUGUAUCCUCUGGGGCAGGACUGCUGCUUUGUAUAUUUACUCCUAAGUGUUACAUUAUUCUGCUUAGGCCAACAAUGAACACAAGGGACUACCUAAUGGGGAAGACUUCUUCAGAUGCAUGGAGGCAGCCUGGAGAAACAGGUAGGCAAAUGGACAAAGAAGAAGAUAAUGGAUUGGUGAAAGACAUGAAGGAGAAAGCUAAUAUAGAUACCGGAGAUUGCAUGCAGGAUUCUGAGGAGCUGUUUCAAAGAAAUCUGUUUGAUGGAGAUGAGUCACUAAAUGGUGGCUGUAUAAUUACAACCCACUAG